AUGACAACAAUAUCUCUCUACAUUCCACUUUCAACAACAAUAUCUCUCUACAUUCCACUUUCAACAACAAUAUCUGUCUCUCUACAUUCCACUUAUGACAACAAUAUCUCACUACAUUCCACUUUCUAUCUCAGUACAUUCCACUUUCGACAACAAUAUCUGUCUCUCUACAUUCCACUUUCAACAACAUUAUCUGUCUCACUACAUUCCAAUUUCAUAUCUCAGUACAUUCCACUUUCGACAACAAUAUCUGUCUCACUACAUUCCACUUAUGACAACAAUAUCUGUCUCUCUACAUUCCACUUUCAACAACAAUAUCUUUCUACAUUCCACUUUCAACAACAAUAUCUGUCUCACUACAUUCCACUUAUGACAACAAUAUCUGUCUCUCUACAUUCCACUUUCAACAACAAUAUCUCAGUACAUUCCACUUUCAACAACAAUAUCUGUCUCUCUACAUUCCACUUUCAACAACAAAAUCUCUCUACAUUCCACUUUCAACAACAAUAUCUGUCUCACUACAUUCCACUUUCAACAACAAUAUCUCAGUACAACAAUAUCUGUCUCUCUACAUUUCCACUUUCAACAACAAUAUCUCUCUACAUUCCACUUUCGACAACAAUAUCUGUCUCACUACAUUCCACUUUCAACAACAAUAUCUCAGUCAUUCCACUUUCUACUGUCUCUCUACAUUCCACUUUCAACAACAAUAUCUGUCUCACUACAUUCCACUUUCAACAACAAUAUCUCAGUACAUUCCACUUUCGACAACAAUAUCUGUCUCUCUACAUUCCACUUUCAACAACAAUAUCUCUCUACAUUCCACUUUCGACAACAAUAUCUGUCUCACUACAUUCCACUUAUGACAACAAUAUCUGUCUCUCUACAUUCCACUUUCAACAACAAUAUCUCUCUACAUUCCACUUUCAACAACAAUAUCUGUCUCACAUUCCAUAUCUCACUUUCCACUUUCAACAACAAUAUCUGUCUCACUACAUUCCACUCCUGACAACAAUAUCUCUCUCUACAUUCCACUUUCAACAACAAUAUCUCUCUACAUUCCACUUUCGACAACAAUAUCUGUCUCUCUACAUUCCACUUUCAACAACAAUAUCUAAGUACAUUCCACUUUCGACAACAAUAUCUGUCUCACUACAUUUCACUUUCAACAACAAUAUCUCAGUACAUUCCACUUUCGACAACAAUAUCUGUCUCUCUACAUUCCACUUUCAACAACAAUAUCUCAGUACAUUCCACUUUCGACAACAAUAUCUGUCUCUCUACAUUCCACUUUCAACAACAAUAUCUCAGUACAUUCCACUUUCGACAACAAUAUCUGUCUCACUACAUUCCACUUAUGACAACAAUAUCUGUCUCUCUACAUUCCACUUUCAACAACAAUAUCUCAGUACAUUCCACUUUCGACAACAAUAUCUGUCUCACUACAUUCCACUUAUGACAACAAUAUCUGUCUCUCUACAUUCCACUUUCAACAACAAUAUCUCAGUACAUUCCACUUUCGACAACAAUAUCUGUCUCUCUACAUUUCCACUUUCAGUACAACAACAAUAUCUGUCUCUCUACAUUCCACUUUCAACAACAAUUCUGUCUCACUACAUUCCACUUAUGACAACAAUUCUGUCUCUCUACAACUUUCAACAAUAUCUGUCUCACACAUUCCACUUUCGACAACAAUAUCUGUCUCUCUACAUUCCACUUAUGAACAACAAUAUCUGUCUCUACAUUCCACUUUCAACAACAAUAUCUCUCUACAACAAUAUCUGUCUCACUACAUUCCACUUAUUAUCUGUCUCUCUACAUUCCACUUUCAACAACAAUAUCUCAGUACAUUCCACUUUCGACAACAAUAUCUGUCUCACUACAUUCCACUUACAACAAUAUCUGUCUCUCUACAUUCCACUUUCAACAACAACAAUAUCUCUCUACAUUCCACUUUCGACAACAAUAUCUGUCUCUCUACAUUCCACUCCCAACAAUAUCUCUCUCUACAUUCCACUUUCCACAACAAUAUCUGUCUCUACAUUCCACUUUCAACAACAAUAUCUCUCUACAUUCCACUUUCAACAACAAUUCCAUUUUCAACAACAAUAUCUCACUACAUUCUCUCUGUCUCUCUACAUUCCACUUUCAACAACAAUAUCUCUCUCUCACUUUCGACAACAAUUCCACAUUUCAACAACAAUAUCUGUCUCUCUAAUUCCACUUUCAACAACAAUAUCUCAGUACAUUCCACUUUCGACAACAAUAUCUGUCUCUCUACAUUUCCACUUUCAACAACAAUAUCUCAGUACAUUCCACUUUCGACAACAAUAUCUGUCUCUCUACUAUUUCCACUUUCAACAACAAUAUCUCAGUACAUUCCACUUUCGACAACAAUAUCUGUCUCUCUACAUUCCACUUUCAACAACAAUAUCUGUCUCCUACAUUCCACUUUCAACAACAAUAUCUCUCUACAUUCCACUUUCAACAACAAUAUCUGUCUCUACAUUUCCAUUUCAACAACAAUAUCUCUCUACAUUCCACUUUCGACAACAAUAUCUGUCUCUCUACAUUCCACUUUCAACAACAAUAUCUCUCUACAUUCCACUUUCAACAACAAUAUCUCUCUCCUACAUUCCACUUUUCAACAAUAAUAUCUGUCUCUCUACAUUCCACUUUCAACAACAAUAUCUCUCUAUUUCCACUUUCAUAUCUGUCUCUCUACAUUCCACUUUCAACAAAUAUCUCAUACAUUCCACUUUCUCAAUAUCUGUCUCUACAUUCCACUUUUUUCAACAACAAUAUCUCAGUACAUUCCACUUUCAUGACAACAAUAUCUCUCUACAUUCCACUUUCGACAACAAUAUCUGUCUCUCUACAUUCCACUUUCAAUCCUCUCUACAUUCCACUUUCAACAACAAUAUCUGUCUCUCUACAUUCCAUAUCUGUCUCACUACAUUCCACUUUCAACAACAAUAUUCUCUACAUUCCACUUUCGACAACAAUAUCUGUCUCUCUACAUUCCACUUUCAUUCCACUUUUUCAACAACAAUAUCUCUCUCUACAUUCCACUUUCAACAACAAUAUCUGUCUCACUACAUUCCACUUUCAACAACAAUUCUCAGUACAUUCCACUUUCAACAACAAUAUCUGUCUCUCUCUACAUUUCACUUUCAACAACAAUUCUGUCUCUCACUAUUCCACUUUCAACAACAAUAUCUCAGUACAUUCCACUUUCGACAACAAUAUCUGUCUCUCUACAUUCCACUUUCAACAACAAUAUCUGUCUCACUACAUUCCACUUUCAACAACAAUAUCUCAGUACAUUCCACUUUCGACAACAAUAUCUGUCUCACUACAUUCCACUUACAACAAUAUCUGUCUCUCUACAUUCCACUUUUCAACAAUAUCAAUAUCUGUCUCACACUACAUUCCACUUAUCUAUCUGUCUCAUUUCCACUUUCAACAACAAUAUCUGUCUCUCUACAUUCCACUUUCUCUAACAACAAUAUCUGUCUCUCUACAUUCCACUUUCAACAACAAUAUCUCAGUACAUUCCAUUUCAACAACAAUAUCUGUCUCUCUACAUUUCACUUUCAACAACAAUAUCUCUCUACAUUCCACUUUCAACAACAAUAUCUGUCUCUCUACAUUCCACUUUCAACAACAAUAUCUGUCUCUCUACAUUCCAUUUCCAACAAUAUCUCUACAUUUCCACUUUCGACAAUAUCUGUCUCUCUACAUUCCACUUUCAACAAAUAUCUCAGUAAUCUCUCAGUACAUUCCACUUUCCUGUCUCUCUACAUUCCACUUUCAACAACAAUAUCUGUCUCUACAUUCCACUUUCAACAACAAUAUCUCUCUACAUUCCACUUUCGACAAUCUCUCUCUACAUUCCACUUUCAACAACAAUAUCUCUCACAUUCCCUUUCUAUCUGUCUCACUACAUUCCACAUUCCUCUCUUUCCACUUUCAACAACAAUAUCUCUCUCAUUCCACUUUCAACAACAAUAUCUCCACAUUUCACUUUCAACAACAAUAUCUCUCAGUACAUUCCACUUUCAACAACAAUAUCUGUCUCUACAUUUCCACUUUCAACAACAAUAUCUCAUUCAUUCCACUUUCAACAACAAUAUCUGUCUCUCUACAUUCCACUUUCCAACAAUAUCUCAGUACAUUCCACUUUCAAACAAUAUCUGUCUCUCUACAUUUCCACUUUCAACAACAAUAUCUCAGUACAUUCCACUUUCAACAACAAUAUCUGUCUCUACAUUCCACUUUCACAACAAUAUCUCUCUACAUUCCACUUUCAACAAUAUCUGUCUCACUACAUUCCACGACAACAAUAUCUGUCUCUCUACAUUCCACUUUAUCUGUCUCUACAACAAUAUCUCAGUACAUUCCACUUUCGACAACAAUAUCUGUCUCACUACAUUCCACUUUCAACAACAAUAUCUCAGUACAUUCCACUUUCGAUAUCUGUCUCUCUACAUUCCACUUUCAACAACAAUAUCUGUCUCAGUACAUUCCACUUUCGACAACAAUAUCUGUCUCUCUACAUUCCACUUUCAACAACAAUAUCUCAAUUAUCUGUCUCACUACAUUCCACUUAUGACAACAAUAUCUUACAUUCCACUUUCGACAACAAUAUCUGUCUCACUACAUUCCACUUAUGACCUGUCUCUCAACAUUCCAGUUUCAACAACAAUAUCUCUCUACUUCCACUUUCUACAUUCCACUCCAACAAUAUCUCAGUACAUUCCACUUUCGACAACAAUAUCUGUCUCUCUACAUUCCACUUUCAACAACAAUAUCUCAGUACAUUCCACUUUCGACAACAAUAUCUGUCUCUCUACAUUCCACUUUCAACAACAAUAUCUGUCUCACUACAUUCCACUUAUGACAACAAUAUCUGUCUCUCUACAUUCCACUUUCAACAACAAUAUCUCAGUACAUUCCACUUUCGACAACAAUAUCUGUCUCUCUACAUUCCACUUUCAACAACAAUAUCUGUCUCAUUCCACUUAUGACAACAAUAUCUGUCUCUCUACAUUCCACUUUCAACAACAAUAUCUCAGUACAUUCCACUUUCGACAACAAUAUCUGUCUCACUACAUUCCACUUAUGACAACAAUAUCUGUCUCUCUACAUUCCACUUUCAACAACAAUAUCUCUCUACAUUCCACUUUCGCCAACAAUAUCUUACAUUCCACUUUCGACAACAAUAUCUGUCUCUCUACAUUCCACUUUCAACAACAAUAUCUCAGUACAUUCCACUUUCGACAACAAUAUCUGUCUCACUACAUUCUACUUUCAACAACAAUAUCUCAGUACAUUCCACUUUCGACAACAAUAUCUGUCUCUCUACAUUCCACUUUCAACAACAAUAUCUCAGUACAUUCCACUUUCGACAACAAUAUCUGUCUCUCUACAUUCCACUUUCAACAACAAUAUCUCAGUACAUUCCACUUUCGACAACAAUAUCUGUCUCUCUACAUUCCACUUUCAACAACAAUAUCUGUCUCACUACAUUCCACUUUCAACAACAAUAUCUGUCUCUCUACAUUCCACUUUCAACAACAAUAUCUCAGUACAUUCCACUUUCAACAACAAUAUCUGUCUCACUACAUUCCACUUAUGACAACAAUAUCUGUCUCUCUACAUUCCACUUUAUCUCUCUAUACCACUUUCCAACAACAAUAUCUGUCUCUCUACAUUCCACUUUCAACAAUAUCUCUCUACAUUCCACUUUCAACAACAAUAUCUGUCUCCUACAUUCCACUUAUGACAACAAUAUCUGUCUCUCUACAUUUCAAUUCAACAAUAUCUCUCUAUAUUCCAUUUCCAACAAUAUCUGUCUCUCUACAUUUCCUCUUUCAACAAUAUCUCUCUACAUUCCACUUUCAACAACAAUAUCUGUCUCACUACAUUCCACUUAUGACAACAAUAUCUCAGUACAUUCCACUUUCGACAACAAUAUCUGUCUCUACAUUCCACUUUCAACAACAAUAUCUCAGUACAUUCCACUUUCGACAACAAUAUCUGUCUCACUUCAUUCCACUUUCAACAACAAUAUCUCAGUACAUUCCACUUUCGACAACAAUAUCUGUCUCUCUACAUUCCAUUUCCAACAAUAUCUCAGUACAUUCCACACAACAAUAUCUGUCUCUCUACAUUCCACUUUCAACAACAAUAUCUCAGUACAUUCGACUUUCGACAACAAUAUCUGUCUCUCUACAUUUCCACUUUCAACAACAAUAUCUGUCUCACUACAUUCCACUUAUGACAACAAUAUCUGUCUCUCUACAUUUCCACUUUCAACAACAAUAUCUCAGUACAUUCCACUUUUUCAACAAUAUCUGUCUCAUUCCACUUAUGACAACAAUAUCUGUCUCUACAUUCCAUUUCCACAACAAUUCUCUCUACAUUCCACUUUCGACAACAAUAUCUGUCUCACAUUCCACUUAUGACAAAAAUAUCUGUCUCUCUACAUUCCACUUUCAACAACAAUAUCUCAGUACAUUCCACUUUCGACAACAAUAUCUGUCUCACUACAUUCCACUUAUGACAACAAUAUCUGUCUCUCUACAUUCCACUUAUGACAACAAUAUCUCUCUAUAUUCCACUUUCGACAACAAUAUCUGUCUCUCUACAUUCCACUUUCAACAACAAUAUCUCUCUACAUUCCACUUUCAACAACAAUAUCUGUCUCACUACAUUCCACUUAUGACAACAAUAUCUGUCUCUCUACAUUCCAAUUCAACAACAAUAUCUCUCUAUAUUCCACUUUCGACAACAAUAUCUUACAUUCCACUUUCAACAACAAUAUCUGUCUCACUACAUUCCACUCAUGACAACAAUGUCUGUCUCUCUACAUUCCACUUUCAACAACAAUAUCUCUCUACAUUCCACUUUCGACAACAAUAUCUGUCUCUCUACAUUCCACUUUCAACAACAAUAUCUCAUCUUUCGUCAACAAUAUCUGUCUCACUACAUUCCACUCCAACAAUAUCUGUCUCUCUACAUUUCCACUUUCAACAACAAUAUCUGUCUCACUUUGACAACAAUAUCUGUCUCUCUACAUUCCACUUUCAACAACAAUAUCUCAGUACAUUCCAGUUUGACAACAAUAUCUGUCUCUCUACAUUCCACUUUCAACAACAAUAUCUCAGUACAUUCCACUUUCAACAACAAUAUCUGUCUCUACAUUCCUCACAUAUCUGUCUCUCUACAUUCCACUUUCAACAACAAUAUCUCUCUACAUUCCACUUUCGACAACAAUAUCUGUCUCUCUACAUUCCACUUUCAACAACAAUAUCUCAGUACAUUCCACUUUCGACAACAAUAUCUGUCUCCACUACAUUCCUCAUGACAACAAUAUCUGUCUCUCUACAUUCCACUUUCAACAACAAUAUCUCUCUACAUUCCACUUUCAACAAAAAUAUCUGUCUCACUACAUUCCACUUUCAACUUUAUCUGUCUCUCUACAUUCCACUUAUGACAAUAAUAUCUCUCUAUAUUCCUUUCGACAACAAUAUCUGUCUCAACAUUCCAAACAAUAUCUGUCUCUCUACAUUCCACUUUCAACAACAAUAUCUGUCUCACACAUUCCACUUAUUAUCUGUCUCACUACAUUCCACUUUCAAUAUCUGUCUCUCUACAUUCCACAACAACAAUAUCUCUCUCUAUUCUAACAAUUCGCUCUACAUUCCACUUUCGACAUCAAUAUCCAUCUCUCUACAUUCCACUUUGACAACAAUAUCUCUUACUCUACAUUCCACUUUUGACAUCAAUAUCCAUCUCUCUUUCCACUUACUGCAAUAUCUCUUACAUUCCCACUUUUGA